UCAGUACAUCAGGCGCUCUCCCUGCGCAUAUCCCAUGGGCGCCACUCCGGCUCACACAAGUGACGUUGCAAGGAAGGGGCGGGGCUAGGCGGCAGCGCUGCGCCUGAACUGUGAGAGUUGGCGCCAAGCUUUGGGUGCAAGUGGGGUGUCGCUGGCGGGAGUCGGGAAGGCUCGGCUCGGAGUGAUGGAUAUCAGAAAAUUUUUUGGGGUUAACCCAGUUGCUAAGAAGCAUGGGACUGAAAAAACUGAUAUAAAAAAGAAAAGUUCUGAAGAAAUCAAGAAAUCAAAAGACAUUAAAGUAAAAAGUCCAAGUAGCGAUGACAGUUCAAAGGGGAUGCACGUGAAGAAGAAGAAAAGGAUAAUUUAUGACUCUGAUGCAGAAGAGGAAACUCCACCAGUAAAAAAAGCAAAAAGGCCAUCUGAAAAAUCCCCUCCUCGGCCAAGGCCAAACAAGAUUUCCAAACCAGACCCGGUUGUAUUUGUUUCUGACACUGAUGAGGAAGACUUUGAUCAGAAGAAAAAGUCUCGGAAACCCAAAGAAAAUGGAACGUCAGCAGUACAUUCAGAGAGGCCGCAGGUUCCUGCCAAAGUACCGGCGGCACAGCGCAAGCCAGUCACCCCAGAGAAAAAAAAUCCUGCGUGCUUGGAGGAUUUCUUUGGGAUAAACAGUGUCAAACGCUCAGACAAGAAGCUGGUAGCAAGCAAACGCAAAGCGCCAUGUGAGAGCUCAGGGGAUUCAACUCAGGAUGAUGAGUCCAUUGCUAAACAGCUGCAGCUUGAGGAAGAUGCAGAGCUGGAACGGCAGCUUCACGAGGAUGAAGAAUUUGCUCGAACUCUGGCAAUGUUGGAUGAAGCUCCAAAAAAUACUCAGAAGAAGACAGGAGAGAAGCUGGCAUCUCUGACUUCCAAAAAAAGUCCAAUGAAGGUGGAAAAGAAUGAGAAACAUUCCCAUUCUCCCCCAGAGAGAGCUAAGAGCUUGUCAGAUGAGUGGAAGGGCAGCAAGGCAAGAGAUCAUAUGAAAGCUGAUCACAAAAAGCCCUGUUUGUCAGAAUCAUCAAGCGGCCAUCUAACAAAGUCAUCAUCCAGUAAGGAGUCACCUCUGAAGGCCAGCUCAAAGUUGGCUCUUAUGAAGCAAAAGGAUGAAGCCGCCAAACAACAAAAGUCUUCUCCAGAAAUGAAAGUCGAGAAAAUAUCACCAAAGAAGGAGCAGUCCACGCCAGAGAAAUCACCACAGAAAACUGGGUCAAGUCCUGAGGACUCUGAGAAGAAACGCACCAAUUAUAAGGCUUACCGGAAUUUUCUUAAUCGGGAAGGUCCCAAAGCUCUGGGCUCUAAGGAAAUUCCCAUAGGUGCCGAUAACUGCAUGGAGGGCCUGACCUUUGUGAUCACUGGUGUUUUAGAGUCUAUUGAAAGAGAUGAAGCAAAGAGCUUGGUAGAAAGAUAUGGAGGAAAAGUAACUGGCAAUGUGAGCAAGAAGACCAACUAUAUCAUCAUGGGCCGUGAUGCUGGGGUCUCUAAACAGGAGAAGGCAGAGGCCUUCGGAACAAAGAUCCUAGAUGAAGACGGCCUCCUUAAUUUAAUUCGAACCUUGCCUGGCAAGCGGUCAAAGUACGACAUUGCGGCAGCGGCUGAGGCAAAAAAAGCAAAGAUAAAGACAGAAAAGAGUCCAGACAAAAAGGAACCACUAACUAAAAAGACUGUAACUCCAGAAAAAAAAGAACAAACAAGUAAAAAGCCCAGCCCAGCUAAGAGGAGAUUCACUCCAGAAAAGAAAGAAUCCUCACACAAGACAGACCUUAAUGAGAAGGUAAAGACUAAGGUGGUUAAGAAGGAGCCGGAGGAAUUGGAGCCAACGACUACAGAUGGGGACCUGCAGUGUGAAAGUUUGUUGUGGGUGGAUAAGUACAAACCCACGUCUAUAAAGCAAAUCAUUGGACAACAAGGAGAGCAGAGCUGUGCCAAUAAACUAAUGAAGUGGCUGAAUCGCUGGCACCAGAACCACUCGUCUGAUGAAAAGAAACCUGCUGCAAAGUUAAACAAGUUUGGAGGCAAAGACGAUGGUUCUUCAUUCAAAGCUGCCCUGUUGUCAGGUCCUCCGGGUGUUGGCAAAACUACGACAGCCGUGUUGGUCUGCGAGGAGCUUGGCUACAGCUAUGUAGAACUCAAUGCAAGUGAUACUCGCAGCAAGAACAGCAUGAAGGAGGUGGUUGCAGAGUCUUUGAACAAUACUAGCAUCAAAGGAUUCUAUUCAGGAACAUGCAAGUCUGUAAGCUCCAAACAUGCUCUUAUCAUGGAUGAGGUAGAUGGCAUGGCUGGUAAUGAGGACAGAGGCGGAAUGCAGGAAUUAAUAACCUUAAUCAAACAAUCAAAGAUCCCUAUUAUCUGCAUGUGUAAUGACCGCAAUCAUUCCAAAAUUCGCUCUUUGGCAAACUACUGCUUUGAUCUUCGUUUCCAGAGACCGAGGGUGGAACAGAUUAAGGGAGCAAUGAUGUCUGUAGCAUUUAAGGAAGGAUUGAAGAUUCCACCUCCAGCUAUGAAUGAGAUCAUUUUAGGGGCAAACCAGGACAUCCGUCAGGUAUUGCAUAAUCUCAGUAUGUGGUGUGCGAGAAGUAAAGCCUUGACUUAUGAUGAAGCCAAGAGUAGUGCUACCAAUGCUAAAAAGGACAUCAAAAUGGGUCCUUUUGAUGUCGUCCGAAAAGUAUUUAGCAGCGGGGAAGAAACGGCUCAUAUGACUCUCAUAGACAAGUCUGACCUCUUUUUCCAUGAUUAUUCGCUGGCGCCUCUGUUUGUGCAGGAAAACUAUGUUCAUGUGAAGCCAGCUGCUGCAGGUGGAAACAUGAAAAAACACUUGCUUCUCCUGAGCAAAGCUGCUGACAGUAUAUGUGAUGGGGACCUUGUUGACAGAAUGAUCCGCAGCAAACAGACUUGGAGCCUUCUGCCCACACAGGCUGUCUAUGCCAGUGUCCUACCCGGAGAGCUGAUGAGAGGCUACAUGGGCCAAUUCCCCAAUUUCCCCAGCUGGUUAGGGAAAUAUUCCUCUACAGGAAAGUACGACCGCAUCACUCAGGAGCUCACUAUGCACACGUGUCUCAGAACGCGAACAAACAAGGGGGCGCUGAAUCUGGAUUACCUGUCGUACGUGAGGGACGUUCUGGUGCGGCCAUUGCAUCAGUCCGGAGCAGAUGGUGUGGGGGAGGUGGUGGAUUUUAUGGACAAUUAUUACCUGAUGAAAGAGGACUAUGAUAACAUUAUGGAAAUCAGCUGCUGGGGUGGGAAGCCCAGUGCCUUCUCCAAACUGGAUCCCAAGGUUAAAGCUGCCUUCACCCGCGGUUAUAAUAAGGAGGCCCAUCUGACUCCAUACUCCCUGCAAAUGGUUAAAGCUUCUAAGCGAGCAGCAGCAUCAGCGGCAGAGUCGGAGUUAAGUGAGGAACCCAACAACGAGGAACAGAAUGAGGAAACAGAAGAGCAAGGGGAAGAUGUGGAGUUGGAUGCAAUGAUCAAGGCAAAAAAAGCGAAACAAGCUAAACCAGCUAAACCAGCCAAAACAGCCAAAACCGAAAAGGGUGGAGAGAAAAAACCGCCAGGAAAAGCAAAGAGUAAGAAGGCAAAGUGAUGUGUGUCGCUGGCGGAGGAGUAAGAAAAGAACUAUAAGCCACGCCCCCACUGUGUGCGGGAAACACUGCUGUUAUUGACUAUAGUCUGAGCUGCUGCACAACAGUGCCGACAAGCAACACAGCCGGCGACAGGAAGGGAGAGGUUAUUUUUGAUCGUUUUCAUUCAGAUGUAGAAAAUCUGGAAAUGCACUUGUCAGGCCUUCAGUCCAUUCCUGCCUUUGGUCACUGAAGAGCAGAUUUUAUAGCGCGUACCCUUCCUAUAUCUGUACAUAACCUUCAGACUUUUCUUUUGUAUAAUAAUUCAGAUGUAACUGUAUAAAUCUGCCAUUAAAAUUUAGUUUAGCACAAAAGUGAAA